AUGUCGUCGUCUGGAAAGUCCGACGCUGCGCGCAAGCAGGCUGGCAGUCCCCUUGAUGGAAACCAACGGAAACCUCCCCCUCAACAGAAAGCUUGGGGACAGGGUACCAACCCUAUCACCCAGCGCGCCUCCAAUGCGAACAACUCCAAUGGGGUGGCCAAUCCCUCGAAAGCCACUCCAGCAGCCCAGGGCCCUCCCUCCUCUUCCAACGAAUCACACUCAUACAUGAAACACAUGAACGAUAGGAUGAUGUUCCUGUUGGCCAGUCUCACGGGCCUGCCAACCAACUUCACACUGAAGAACGGCGAGAAGUAUACCGGUGUCUUUUCUGGCACCUCGCUCGAUCCCUCGGAGAUGCGCUACGUCUUCAAGAUGGUGAAGCGUGUGCAGACAACCGGCGACCAGCAGGUCAAUGGAGCUAGCGAGAUAUCAGAUGACUACGUCGGCGUUGGCGACAAUCAUGUCAUGACCUGUGACAUCGGCGAUGUUGCCCACCUCAACGUCGCCAAUGUGGUGCUUGAUAAGACCCGAGCGAGGCCACAAAAUGGAGUCUCGAGCUUCAGAACAGACGCAGAUAUCUCAGGCAAUCUCGCAAUUCGCGAAAGAAAUCUCCAGCGCUGGGAACCAUCCUCCGAUGCUCACGAGGGCCUGACCUUGGAGGAGUCUGGCAAAGCUACUUGGGACCAGUUCGCCACUAACCAGCAACGCUUUGGCGUCGAGAGCACCUACGACGAGAGCAUCUACACCACGACCAUCGAUCGCUCGAACCCAUUAUACCAGGAGAGGGCUGCGCGUGCAGAGAGGAUUGCACGUGAGAUAGAGACUAGCAGUACCUUGAACUCACACGUUAACGAGGAGCGUGGCAACGCCAAUGUCGAUGAUAGCGGCGUCGACGAGGAAGAGAAAUAUAGCGGAGUUCGACGAGACUUCCCACCUCUGCCGAGCGGACAACCUGGCAGAUACACAGCCCCAGCUAAGCGUGCACCCACUGGUGCUCCAUCAGUUCCUAGCGUGCCCGUAGAUCCGGCCAUCAUCUCGUCACAAAUUGCUCGCCCCGUCUCUACAUCAACGAAGCCACCGGCAGCGGCCGAUUCUUCGGGAACAGAGAAGCGUCCUACUCCAGAGGCCGCAAAGGCAGAACCAUCUAUCCCAGCUACUGUUGAAGUGCCCAAGGGCCCAAUCGACUCAAAGAAUGCUGCUUCAAAGCCGCUGUCCGAGUCUGCUCAGAAACUGACUGCAGCUCUCAAGCCCCCGGGCGCAGGCGUACCGGCACUACGCAAAGUUGGCCGGGGAGACAACGCAACAGCCAACGUGGAGCACGACCUCCUUGACUCAUUCAAGCAGUUCUCAGCGACUGAAAAGCUGCGUGUUCAGGAGCGCCAACGAUCCAUGGCCCGAGAAUCCAAGGCUGUCAAACUCAACGAUCUCAAGAAGUUCUCUCAGAAUUUCAAGCUUAACACACCUGUUCCAACAGAUCUUGUCCCGAUCCUUGCCAAGGACGAAGGGAAGCAGAAGCACAUCGUCGAAAAAGCUCUGAAGGCUGUUCAGGAGCAGAAGUCGACUCCACCAAAGCCGGCCACGGUUGUUGCUGACCAGAAGGCUCCGCGACCAGCAAACGCCAAACCAGAUCCCGUUCAUACAUCUCCCAGCGCCGACCGCCAGGCCAUGCCACGACAGCGCCCCAAUCAGAACUACAAUUCAGUACCGAUGAGAGGAGCAGGAGGAAAUCACAUCCAAAACCAAAAUACGAACCAGCCUCCUCCACGAUCUGGCACUGGCACAGGUUUGCUAAGUCAACGACUUGCUGUGACCCAGCAGCAGCACAGAGCAGGAACUUCACAGUACAACGUGCCUCAACCAGUCCCCAUCCAGGAUAUGCGCAUCGUCGCACCUACUGGACCGUCUGCGAAUUCCAGUGGCAUUCCAACUCCUACAUCGACCGCCUCAACGAGAUUUAAUGUCCGAGCAGCGGAUUUCAAGCCCAACCCCAAUGCUAACGCUUUCACUCCCGGUGGAAACCCAAGCGCAGGAAGCAGCCCUAGACCUAACUCCGCAGCAUCCCGCCCGGAGCCUCGCAAGACUCCCAUUAUUCCCAUCACCAGCUUCUUCGGAAACCAGAAGCCUUCUGGUGAGACCCUACCCUUCGACGACGCCUUUAACCCCAUCAAGCGCAUGUUGAAAGAAGUCCAAGACGAGAAUAAAACCAAGGAUUUUGCAGCCAACGGCGGCAUCCCACAGGCCUAUCGUACCCCACCUACUUGGGACGUCCCUGACGCAAACAAGGAGAAGAAUCACGUGGAAAUGUUCGAGAGGCCCACACCCCCUCAGCCCAUUUCAGCUCCUCACACUGCACUGGGCAACGGACCCAUUCCACACCAGCAUCAACUUCCGCCCCAUCUACAGGGCCCCCAGAACAUGCAGCAAGCGCAUAACCCACAGCAAACGCCCCAGCACCGUGCGGUGCAACCGCACCACAACCAGAAUGGUCCUCAUCACUUCGAUGGCGGCCACCACAUGCAAUUCUCGCAAUCGAAUUCGUCUGUGCACCCUUCGCCACGCGCGAUGCCGCCGUACAUGUACAACGGACAACCUCAGGCGAUGCCAGUUUUCCAACAACCGCCCAUGCAAUUCGGUAUGAGCCCAAACAUGCAUCCAGCAGGCAUGCGUGGACAGCCUGGAUUCCCCAAUGGCCCCCCUGCGAUGGGAGGACAUAUGAUGACUAACCAGACUUCAGCUGGCCCGUACAUGGGUAUGCCACAGAACCCACAGAUGCACAUGUAUUCUCCUGGCCCGCAGCCUGCCUUCCCUCACUAUCCUCAGCAAAUGACAGCACCACCUGGGGCGAAUAGCUUCCCUAAUAGUCCACGACCCGGCGCGCCGAUGAUGAGCCAUCAAGGCUCGCAGCAAGGACAUCAACAACAGCCUGUCAUCUAUAUGCAGCCAAAUGGUCAGGUCGGACCUCAAAUGUUCGCCCAAAUGCCACAGGGGCCAAUGACUCCGAUGCGCGGGCCAUAUCCCCAGCCUCACCAACCUCACUACGGAUCACCACACCAGCAUAAUCAAUAUCCGCAACAGCCCCAUCGAGGUACUCCGAGUGCCAGUUACAGCCAGCCUAUGAUGCAGCAACACUCGCAACAGCACUCGAUGCCUCCUCAGGGCCCUACACCGACCGGACCAGCCGCCCAUGGUCCGGAAGGCGGCGAGGAGGUGAAAUGA